AUGGUAGCUAUAGAAUUAAAAAAAUUCUAAGAUUUACGUCUUAAUGUAUGAAAAAAACAAUAUUUAGUUAUUUUAACCAUAUUUUUCAAUUGAAUAGCUGCAAUAAGACUAUAAUGAAAUCAACAGAAAUUUAAAUAGGAUUGUUUUGGGUGAAGAUUCUAACUUACCUAAUUCUUUUCUCAAUUAAUCUAAGAACAAAAGUGAGAUAAUUAAUUUAGUAUAACAGAGAUCUUAACUAAAGACACUUUAAAUAACAAAUAGUCAUCGCAUUUUUAAUGGAUACUAAAAGGAAUAGUCAAAUUAGUUAUCGAAUAGAAGCAGAAUGAUCUUGGGAAAGGAUGAUCAAGUAAUUUCAGAGUUGGUUUAGUCUGAUAUCAUGAUUCCUCCUUUUAUUAGUCUAUUAGAAUCUAGUAUAGAAGCUGAAUCCUCAAUAAAAAGCAUAUAGAAUAUAUAAAUAAAUUGUAUUUAGCCAAAUGUAAAAAAAUAAUACAAAUUACCAUAAAGCAUUUAAUUUGUCCCCUUUAUACCAAUAGAUGGAUUUAAAUGUUUAUAAUGA